AGCACAGGCGAAUCUGUGAUUCCCUCUUCCACAAGGCCAGACGGGUCAGUGCGCAAAGAAAUUCGCGUGAAGCCUGGUUACAAACCUCCCGAGGAUGUUGAGGUAUACAAGAAUCGGACUGCGCAUGCGUGGAAGAAUCGGGGCAAAGGCGGUGUCGUUGGAGCAGAGCCAGUCGAAGACAAAUCUCCCCUACAGGUAGCGGCCGCGGCCGCGAAGAACGCCAAAAGGAGAGAAGCCAGGAAGAAAGCUGCCGCGACUACUGGAAAUGGAAAGGCAGGCGAUGAGGAGGGGACUGUAGAUGGAGCUGCUGGCGACGAGGUUAAGGAGCCUGUCACUGUCGACCCAGAAGCAGAGAAAGCGAAAGAGGCGAAGAAGCUCGCGAAGAAACUACGGCAGGCACGCGAGCUUAGUGAAAAGAAAGAGAAGGGCGAAGGCUUGCUGCCCGAGCAGUUUCAAAAGGUCAUCAAAAUUCAAGAGCUGAUCAGACAAUUGGACAAUCUUGGGUUUGAUGCAGAAGGCGAGAAGAAG